AUGGUUCAUGGUGGUCGACACGGUGCUUUGGCUGUAAGGGUUUCAAUGGUACGUUGCGGUUUGAAUUGGGUUCGCAGCUCCGGUGAAGGGAGGCGGUCCGCAAUGAAGAUGGUUGCGCCGCGACGAUCUAGGGUCGUGUGGUUGUUCUUUGGCUAUGUGUCCGAUGUGUUUCGUAUGAACAUUCGAGCUUCCAGUCCAGAUUGCGUCAAUUCCACCGUUGGAUUUGCCUCGAAAGUUGAAGAAUGUGUUCAAGACAUUCUCAUCUAA